GGACUGGGGCGCCGCGGGCCCACCGGGACCUGGCGGCCCUCCGUGGUCCCUGGCUGCGGUCGUGCGGUGACGCGGCCGGAGGACGCGCGGCGGUGCGGGGCGAGCCACCGAAAGGAAGCCAGGACUGCGCGGCGGCAGCUCUUAAGUUCCAGACACUGUAAACCGUGAUCCCAGGAUCUUCAACAGUGGAAGACUAUUAACCUGUCACCAGCCAUGAGGCUUCAAAGCCCCUCUCCCACCUCUUGUCAGCUUAAUGUUGCAGCAGAUCCGCUGUUUUGAAAUGCCCAGUGUUGAAAGCCUGAACUCGCUGCGCUCCAUACUGAAGGGAGGAGGCUGAGUGUCGGUGCAGUAGUUGCUCCCUGUGACCAAGGCAAUCCGUGGAGCCUAGCGUGGAGACUUGCGGACACGCCCGUUGCGUGUCCUUGCCCUGGAGGCAACCUGUUUUCCCGUAUGAUAAAAGCAGCAUCUGGCUAAUGAGCAAGGUGUCGAGGUCAUCGAGCGAGUCGGACGCGUGGGGAGCAGAGGAGGAUGACAUGACGGAAGGUGACCUGGGGUAUGGCCUCGGAAGAAAACCUGGUGGCAUUUAUGAAGUUUCAUGUUUGACUACAUCUAGGAGAAGGUCAGAGGGAAAGAACCUGAGCCCUCCUGCCUUUCCACAAAAGGGGGAAAAAAGAAGCGAAACCGUUUUCCAGUAUCCCGGGAAUAAGGGCUGUGGAGAUGCGUGCACUCACGGAUGCAGAGUGUCUGGCUACCGGCGGCAGAGCAGCGCUGAUUCUAAUUCAGAUUUGUCAAAUGAACAGUUAAGGCAACGUCUUCAUGAAGCUUUAGAGGAAGUAGAGAUUUUAAAAACUGAACUGGAAGCAUCUCAGAGACAACUUGAAGGUAAAGAGGAAGCACUGAAAAUCCUUCAAAGCAUGGCAGUGCUUGGAAAAGCCACAAGCCACACACAGACAGUCCUUCAAAAAACCAUAGAACAAAAGAGAUCUUUGGAGAAGGAAAUAAAUGCCUUGCGUUGGGAAAUGGAAUUUGAUAAGGAUAGAUUUAAAAACAUAGAGGAAUCUUGGACCCAAAAAUAUGACAGACUAAACUGUGACAAUGCAGUCCUCAGAGAGAAUCUGAAAAUAAAGACAGAAGAAAUAAAAAUGCUCAAGUCUGAAAAUGCUGUUUUGACUCAGCGGUACUUGGAGGCUCUCGCCAUGUUGGAUAUCAAGCAGCAGAAGAUGGCUCAGGAGAACCUGGGUCAGGAGAGUGGCUUCACCGAGGUGUCUGGGCUCGAGCUUGCAGUCCUUGGAGCCUGCUUGUGUCAUGGUCCUGAUGGGAGCCCCUGCUCAUGUGCCAGAAUGGCAGCAUCUACUCGGAAGCUGGUCCUUCAGCUCAGACAUGAGAUGGAAAUUCUGCAGAAGAGCAAGGAAGAGGCGCUCAUGACAGCAGAUGCAUUCAGAAUUGCUUUUGAGCAACAAUUAAUGAGGAAAAACGACCAGGCCCUGAGACAGACACGCGUGGAUAAGUGUAGAAGAGCAGCAACGUGGACGAACAGGCAACACCUCAAAGAGGACGGAUAUCCAGCACAAAGGAGAAAGAAGACGUUAGGGCAGAGACUACUGGGAAUACUCCCUUCAGAAAACAGUUCCAAGAGGGCUGAGGACCAGGACAACCUGAAAGAGGUCUUAAAGAUGUUAAGAGAUUUGCUGAAUGACAAGGAAGAAGCUCUGGCCCAUCAAAGGAAGGUUAGUUACAUGCUUGCUCGGGCACUGGAAGACAAGGACACUGCUUCAAAAAAGAGCAAAGAAAAAAUUCCCACAAGCCAGAAUUUCCCAUUCAAAACUGUGUGGCAGGAAGCCUCAGAACUCUAUGGCUUACAUGACACAGUACAUUCAACUGUCCGUGUUUCUGAUCCUGUGGGCUGUAUUUGUCCUGUCCACCACUGUCAGAAAGAUUCAGUCUGCUCAAGAACUCUUAAAAGAUCCUGUUCUUUGCCAUCAAAUAUAUUUUACAAAUAAACCAGUUGAAAUUAGAAUUCAAUUUUGAAGUGGAAAUGGAGCUCAGAGGUGGACACUUGGUAAGCAUGCAUAAGGCCUGGAUUUGGCCCAUGGUGGCAUAUGCCUUUAAUCCCGACACUUGGGAGGCAGAGGCAAGCAGAUUUGACUUUGAGGCCAGCCUGGUCUGCAGAGUGACUUCCAGGACAAGGGCUACCUAAGGAAACCCUGUCUCAAAAAACAACAGAACAGAACAAAAAAAGGCCUUGGGUUUUAUAUUCAUCAUUGCAAAGACUUUGAAAAAGAACCCUGGGUACAGAGGCUCACACCUGUAAAUGCCAGCACACUUGGGAGGCUGAGGCAGAAGGACCAUUUUAAGUUUGGGGGCUGACCAGAUACAGUAAGACUGUUGCCAAAAACAGAAAAGGAAUUACAUAAAUGUCAAUAUUAAGUUGUAUGAAAAAUAAAUCAAUCAGUUAAUUAAAAAAAAAAAAAAAGGUACAAAGUGGUACAUGCCUGUAAUCCCACCACUGCUACAAAGCAAGUCCAGGACUACCAAGGCUACAGAGAGAAGCCCUGUCUUGAAAAACUUGUGUGCGUUCAAGGUGUUUUAAAAGUUUAUUAGCAUAAUAACUUAAAAGUCGACGUUAGCUAUCUUAAUCUGUGUGUUAACAAUGUAUGUGUUAAUAAUGUAUGUGUUUCAAUCACAUCCCUCUCUUUCAAUGUUAGGAUGCAGCUUAAGGAAUCACACCCAUAACAUAUCCUACAAGAAAUGGAUUAGCAUUUGUGUUCACAUUUUAUCUAUAAACUCUAUGUCCUUAUUUUAUGACUUUAA